AUGCCAAACAUCAUCAUCACCGGUGCCGCGAACGGCAUAGGAGCCGCCUUCCUCAAGGCGUAUCUACAAGACAGCAAGAACUACAUCGUGGCCGUCGACCGACAGGACAUGGUCACACCGCGAAUCAACGUCCUUCCCUUGACAGUGGACGUGAGCUCCCAGGAGUCCAUCGAUGCCAUGGUGCAGGAGAUCUCAAAGGACUUCCCGAUAGAUCUGCUCAUUCACAGCGCUGGUAUCCGUGGACUGGUUCCAACGAUGGAGCAGAGGAAGCCAGACGACGUGGCAGCAUGCGAGACUAUGGACGUAAUGGACUUCGACACCAUGAUGCGGACGUUCCAGAUCAAUGCUGCUGGUACCUUCAUGCUGCUACGAGCUCUCGCGCCAGGACUACGGAAGGCAAAGGGCAAAGCUAUUAUUAUGUCGUCGAGGAUGGGCAGCGUUGGCAACAACCAGCUGCCUAACAAGGCAUCUGGCAGCGCGUACGCCUAUCGCGCAUCGAAAGCUGCCCUCAACACGAUAGUGCGGUCUUUCGCGGUGGAUGUCCCUGAUGUCACUUUCGUACUCUGCCAUCCCGGCAGAGUUGAGACGAAGCUGGUAAAGUGCAAAGAAGAGGGAGCCAUUACGGCAGAGGAGAGCGUGGAGAGUAUCCUGCCGCUGAUCGAGAAGUGGAAUGCCGACAACAACGGGAAGUUCUAUGACAGAUUUGGUGCACCUAUCGAGUGGUAG